CUAUGAAUCGAAACAGAAACUAUCAGCGAUGCUGCGGCAGCCCAUGGAGCAGCCGCUGCUGCUGGCGGCUCCGGACGGGCCGGGGGGGGACAUUCGGCUCUACCCCCGGGGUCUGGAGGCUCUGCGGGCUCUGUCCGCUCCAUUGUACGUGGUGGCGGCGCUGGGGCCGCCCGACGGGGGCUCUGUGUUCCUUAUGAACCAAUUGGCAGGACCAGGCUGCAGCUUCCCCGGCAGCCCUGGGCUGUGGAUGAGGAGAUGCCCGCACCCGAAGUGGCCCGACCGGGAGCUGCUGCUGCUGCACGCCGGAGGGUUCCUCGGGGGAGAGGAACCGGAGGAUGGCGCCGGGCUGCGGCUCUUCUUGCUGCAGCUAUUGCUGGGCAGCGUGCUGGUGUAUAGCAGUGGAGAUGGCGGUGGUGACGCACAGGAACAGCUGGAGCUCCUCGCCUACGCCCAGGAGGUGCCGCUUCGUCUGCGCCUGCUGGAGGAGGAGGAGGAGAACGAGGAGGAUGAAGAAGAUGAAAUACGUCUGCUGCGCUUCGUGCUGCCGCCCUUCAUCUGGAGCCUGCACAGCACAGCCCUGGCACCCGAGGAAGAGGCUGUGUUGGAGGCUGAGGACCACGAGCUGGAGCCAGCACUGGAUAACCCGCAAGGCCCCGUAGCACACUGUGUCCUCACGCUGUUCCCUGAGCAGAAGCUGUUCCGUGUGGCCGACAGCAAUGCUGAGGGUCUAACCCAGCUCUGCACCCACCUGCUGGACUGCAAACCUAAAACAGAACCUGGAGGGGGGCAGGUGGGCGGUGCCUAUCUGGCUGCGCUGGCAGAGCGAGUGGUGGAUGCAAUGCAAAGGGAUGCAGUGCUGCGGGUUGGGCGGCUCUGCCGGGAGGCCAAGAAGAUGGCACAGCAGGAAACUGGUAACAAGUGGCCUAAGAGGGGCUCCAGCUUUUGGCAAGGUGACACUUUCCUGAGGAGCAAUGACACCAGUGAUGCUAUCCCACAGCAUGGUGACAUCCCCCAGGCCAGCACCUCCCCAUGGCACACUGACACCACCCUACAACAGGAGGAUGUGGCACCGUCCCCCCACCCACUGUUCCCGAUGCCAGCCCCACUUUGCCUGGUGUACAACAAUGGCAGCAACCAACUGUCACUCAACCCCAGAGCACUGGCAGUGCUGCGUGGUGUCACCCAGCCCCUGGUGGUGGUGGCCAUCGCUGGGCUGUACCGCACCGGGAAGUCCUUCCUGAUGAACCGGCUGGCAGAGCGGCGUACUGGUUUCCCACUAGGCCCCACAGUGCGAGCAGAGACCAAGGGUAUCUGGAUGUGGUGCUUGCCGCACCCACGCCAGGCUGGUGUGGCACUGGUGCUGCUGGACACUGAGGGGCAGGAAGACCCCAACAAGGGUGACAACAACAACGAUGCCUGGAUCUUUACACUGACGCUGCUGCUCUCCAGCACUCUGGUGUACAACAGCAUGCACACCAUCGACCAGCAGGGGCUGGAUCAGCUGCGGCUGGUGACAGAGCUGACGAAUCACAUACGCGUGCGGGUGGAGGAUGCAGAUCCAGCAGCUGAGUUCAGCCGCGUCUUCCCCAGCUUUGUCUGGACUGUGCGUGACUUCACACUGCAGCUACGGGAUGGCGAGCGACUGCUGACUGAGGAUGAAUACCUGGAGGAUGCUCUGCGCUUAAAGCCCGGGCACGGGCGCAAGGUGCAGGAGUACAAUGAGACACGGCGCUGCCUGUGUGACUUCUUCAUACACCGCAAGCUGUUUGUGCUGGAGAGGCCGACGUCUGAGGCAAACCUGGCACGGCUGGAGGAGCUGCGGGAGGAUGAACUGCAGCCACGCUUCCGACAACAGGCGGAUGCCUUCUGCAAAUACAUCUGGGAGAAGGCGCCGGUGAAGGAGCUGCCAGGCGGGCGCCAGGUGACGGGCACCAUGCUGGCUUCCUUGGCAGAGAAAUAUGUGGCUACCAUUGCAAAAGGUGAAGUGCCUUGUGUGGAGAGCGCGGUGACGGCGCUGGCAAGGACUGAAAACACUGCAGCAGUGGCAGCAGCGGUAGCUGAAUACAAGAAGGGCAUGGAGAAGGACCUGGUGCUGCCCACAGACUCGCGUGCCACGCUGAUAGAUGUGCACCAGCGCUGGGAGCGCCACGCCAUCACCCUCUUCUUGUCCCGUGCCUUUGCUGACAACGAGCGCACCUACCAGUGUCAGCUGAUGCGAGACCUGGAGGCAGCCAAGGAGGAGUUCUGCUUAAGCAAUGAGAAGGCAUCGGAGAAGCGUUGCCAGGAGGUGCUGAAGAACCUGUGGCAGGACGUGGAGCUCCGCAUACAUUGUGGGGACUACGCAGCACCGGGUGGUGCACAGCGGUUCCAGGAUGAUCUGUGCAGUGUGCUGGAUGAGUACCGGCAGUGGCCUGAAAAGGGUAUUAAGGCAGAUGCAGUGCUGGAGGUGUUCCUGCGGGAGAAGGAGCCGCUGGCACAAAUGCUGCAUGCUACCGAUGCAUGGCUGGUGAUGACGGAGCAGCAGCGGGAGGCAGCUGCAGCCAAGGAGGCAGCAGCCAGGGAUGCAGAGAUGUCAUGCCUGAAGGAGCAGCAGCGCAGCCUGGAGGAGAACUGCAGGCAGCUGGAGCAGCGACUGCUGGAGGAGCAGCGCCUGCGGCUGAAGGAGCAGGACCGCAUGCUGGAGCACCGCCUGAAGGAACAUCGGAGGCUGAUGGAGGAGGGUUACGAGCGUGAGGCAAAGGCAGCAGAGCGGCAGAUUGAGCGGCUGCAGGAGGAGAAGAAGAAAAUUAAGAAACGCUCAUGGAUCGGGUCAGCUGUGAGCCUCCUGGGCAAUGUGGCUUCACUCUUCCUGCCUGGUGUGGUCGGCAAAGUAGUGGGUAUUGCCAGCAAUGCAGUGCAGCACCUGUUCUAGCCCAGCCAUCCAUCCCUGUGUCCUGGUUUCAGCUGCGACGGCAUUGAAUUUUCCUUCAUUGCAUUUGGUUUGAUGUUAUGUUUUGGCUUUAGGAGAAAAACAGUAUUGAUAACAAAGUGCCAUUUUAGUUGCUGCCGAGCAGUUCUGUACAGAGCCAAGAACAUUUCAGUUUCUCAGCUUCUCCUUCUACCUUGCCAAUGAGGAGGGCUGAGGGAUACAAGGAGUUGAGAGGGGACAGAACUGAGAUACCUAACCUAAACUGGCCAAAGGAAUAUACCAUACCAUGUGUUAUGAGCUUGAUAAUUGCUACUUAUUGUGGUAUUUUUGGCACAGAUAUACCAGUGUUUUUUUGGAACAACAUCAUUUAGCACUUUACUUGCUAUUUACGUGUCUGUCACGUUGUUUACCAUCUCUAGGAGUGGGACUGAAGAUGUCAUUUUGCUGUGCCUUAUGAUCUUGACUUUCAAUAUGUUAAAACUGCUGAUUGAGAAACUAACAUGGUAUUUGUGUUCAACAUAGUAAUGAUCUUUGCACUAUGAGACCUGUACCUUGGAUGCUAUCAGUAAUUACACUUCGCUCUGUCUCCUCGUGGCA